GCCUCCCUCCGCCCUCAGCCUCACCGGUCUCCCAGCCGCUUUCAGUCUCACCGGUCCGCCCGCCGCGCCUGGUCGCGCGGCGUGAGCUCCCCGGGGACCGCGGCUCGGGAUGCUGUCCGCCAGCGCGGCCGCUCGCGCACCGCCCGCCACCCCUGCCCUUGCCUCCUGGGCCAUGCCCCGCUGUUUACAUGCCGGUGAAGCCUCCGGCCGCUCCGAUCCGCUCCGAGCUCCGGCCCACCGAGGGUGAAGCCACCCGACCUGCGAACUGGACUGGACACUCAGAACGUCCGCCCAUUCUGCCGUCUCCGCCACCUUCUGGGCGGGAUCCGGCUCUAGUGUUUUGAGGAGGGGGUGUGGUGUAGGGAAAGGAAUCCUGGGGAUUUCUACCCCACCUUUUUUUCUUGGCCUUCGGGGCUUCAGACUCAGGGAACUCGUCCAUGGCUUUCUUGAUGAAGAAGAAGAAAUUCAAAUUCCAAACCACUUUUACUCUGGAAGAGCUGACUGCGGUCCCCUUCGUGAACGGGGUCCUCUUCUGCAAGGUCCGGCUGCUGGAUGGCGGGGAUUUUGUCAGCUUGUCGUCAAGGGAGGAGGUGCAAGAGAACUGUGUGCGAUGGCGGAAGAGGUUCACCUUCGUGUGUAAGAUGAGUGCCAACCCGGCCACCGGCCUCUUGGACCCCUGCGUCUUCCGCGUGUCUGUGCGCAAGGAGCUGAAAGGCGGGAAGGCUUAUUCUAAGCUGGGCUUUGCCGACUUGAACCUGGCUGAGUUUGCGGGCUCAGGCUCCACAGUACGCUGCUGCCUGCUGGAAGGAUAUGACACGAAGAACACCCGCCAGGACAACUCCAUCCUCAAGGUCACCAUUGGUAUGUCCCUGCUCUCUGGAGACCCUUGCUUCAAGACGCCACCAUCCACUGCCAAGUCCAUCUCCAUUCCGGGCCAGGAUUCUUCCCUGCAGCUCACAUGUAAGGGCGGUGGGACCAGCAGCAGCGGCAGCAGCAGCACCAACUCCCUCACAGGGUCCCGGCCCCCCAAGGCCCGGCCCACCAUCCUCAGCUCAGGGGUGCCAGAGGAGCCGGACCAGAACCUGUCCAGCCCCGAGGAGGUGUUCCACUCUGGCCAUUCCCGCAACUCCAGCUACGCCAGCCAGCAGUCCAAGAUCUCUGGCUACAGCAUGGAGCACUCGCGCUCCUCUAGCCUGUCGGACCUGACUCACCGCCGCAACACGUCCACUAGCAGCAGCGCCUCUGGCGGCCUCAGCAUGACUGUGGAGGGCCCUGAGGGCAGCGAGCGGGAGCACCGGCCCCCUGAGAAGCCGCCCCGGCCACCCCGGCCCCCACAUCUGUCAGACCGCUCCUUUCGGCGGAAGAAGGACUUGAUGGAGAGCCACCCAACCUGGGUGGAUGACACGCGAAUCGACGCAGACGACAUCGUGGAGAAGAUCAUGCAGAGCCAGGACUUCACAGAUGGCAGCAACAGUGAGGACAGCAACCUACGGCUGUUUGUGAGUCGUGAUGGCUCCACCACACUGAGUGGCAUCCAGCUGGCCAACAGGGUCUCCUCUGGGGUCUACGAGCCAGUCGUGAUCGAAAGCCAUUGAGGAGCAGGUGUCCAGACUGGAGAAGGGCCCUGCCUUCGUGGACGUCCAGACUCAUGUCGUUCCACGAAGGACCUUCCCCUUCAGAUCCCCAUCUGGGCUGCAUCUCAUCUGUGCCUCCUCCAUGCACUCCAGCCCCACAUGUCCCCAAAGCAUCAUUCCAUGGUCCUCCCCUCCAUGCUGGGACCCUCCUGACCCACUGGGGCCCAGGCACCACUGUGAAUAUUCUCCUCUGAACCACUAGAGGGCAGGACAAGCGGGCCCUUGCAGCAGGUAGCCAAGACAAAGAGCAGGACUGCCUCCACUGCAGACAGGGUCCCCUCGGCCAGGGACAGGCAGCAGCUCCUAAACACGAGGGGGCUGCUUGUGGUUGGGGGGCCUCUUCCCUGCAUCUCCAUUCACUCCAGGAACACUGGCUGCAGCCACUCUGGCAGGGCCUGGCUCCAUUGCCUCCUUGCCCUUGUGGGCCCAGCCCAUCCCCAGAAUCCUGCCACCGUGACACUCUGACUGCUUAGUGCUUCAGCUAUCCCUUCCUUGUAUCCUGGGGGGCCCGCUGGCGGCCUCCUCCUGGGAGCCAAGACCUCAGAUCCUCUCCACACUCUAGAUUGAGACCUCUCCCUUCCCCCCCGCCCCAUCGAAUGUUCUCCUGCUGCCCUGGCAGUCUGCACUUUGCACAUGCUUGUCCCAGCACAGCCCCACUGCCCCUUGCCACCCUUCCCCGGCCCUAUACCAAGGAUCCCUGGGCUCUGCCUGCUGUGCAGUCAGGCCCAGGCCUAGCAGCCCGGCUGGAACGUGGCACUGUCUCUCCUCCCUCCAGUUAGCCGCAGCUCAGGCCUGGGACCUGUGCUGAAAAAGGAUCAUCUGGCCCAGGCUGGGGCUGACGCUGGAGAGGUAGUGGGCUGUGGCUGGGCUGGCCCGGAGCUGGGUUCCUGGCCAGACAAGCACUCAACCCUCCUCUGAAAGCAUCCCCCACUUCUGGGCCAGGCAUAGGUGAAGUCCUUUAAGAGGAGUUGUUUCUCCAGUGGGGAGCAGUCUGGCCCUGCCCCCCGCUCCCCAAAGUCUCUGCUCUCAGCACUUUUCUCUCCCUGGUCCUCGUUACUUGCUUAAAGGUGGAUUCUGGCUGCCAGCCAGUCCCUGGACCCCCACCGCACCCCUCUUUUAAAUUCCAUUCAUUUUGUAUAAACCCAGCAGGCUGGUGUUUAAGUUCUACAACUUUCUUUUCUUUUUAUUUCUUCUUUUUCCCCUCUCUCUCUUUUUUCUUUUUUUUGA